ACGCUGGCGGCCUCGUGGGCCGCGUGGAUGCCGCCGGCCGUGGCGGGGCUGGCGGGGUCGUGCGCGUCCAUCCCGUGCCGCUUCUCGUACCCCGAGGAGCUGCGGCCGGGCUCGGUGCAGGGGCUCUGGUACUUCGAGCCCUACCCCAAGAAUUACCCGCCCGUGGUGGCCCGCUCCCGGCCCGGGGGCGUCCACGAGAGCUUCGAGGGCCGCGCCCGGCUGGUGGGGGACCCGGGGGUCCGCGACUGCUCCCUGGAGCUGGGACCCCCCCUCAGCGCCGAGCUCGGCGGCCGCUACUACUUCCGAGGGGACCUGGGCGGCUACAACCAGUACAGCUUCAGCGAGCACACCACCCUCGAGGUACUCGAGGAGCCGCUGCUGGAGGUGCCGGCGGAGGUGGUGGCGGGCGCCGUGGCCGAGCUGCGUGCCGCGUGCCCGACUCGUGCCCAGCGCCAGCGGCCGCGCCUGCACUGGGAGGGCGCCCGGGAGCUUCCGGAACUUUCCGAGCGCGAGUGGCGCGAGGACGCGGGCCGGCGCCGCCUCCGUCGUGUCCGGCUGCGCUUCCGCGCCCGGCGCGAGGACGGCGGCCGCAACCUGGGCUGCCAGGUGACCCUGCCCAACUCCAGCCUGGCCUUCAGCGCCGCCGUGGCGCUCGACGUGCAGUACGAGCCGCAGGUGCUGGAGGUGUCCGGCCCGGCCGAGGCCCUCGAGGGCUCCCCGGUGCACCUGGGCUGCUCGGCCGAGGGCCGCCCCCCCCCGCUGCUCACCUGGUUCCGGGGGCCGCAGGUGCUGCGGGAGGAGCCGGGGGCGGCGGCGCUGCCCCUGCACCUGGCGCAGGUGAGCCCCGAGCACAGCGGCACCUACACCUGCGUGGCCGAGAACCGGCACGGCCGCCACAACCGGAGCCUGGAGCUGCACGUGGCCUAUGCCCCACGCACACCUGUGCUCAAUGGCACGUUCUGGGUGCUGGCGGGUGAGCAGGUGCGCCUCACCUGUUCGGCCCGCAGCCACCCCGCCCCGAUCGUGACGCUGUCGCGCGGGCGCCGCCUGGUGGCCGCGGCCGUGUACGAGCGCCAGGUGAGCCUGGAGCUGCCGGCGGCCGCGCCCGAGGACGGCGGGGAGUACCUGUGCCGCGCCGAGAACCAGCACGGGCACAGCAGCGUGGCCUUCAACCUCACCGUGGAGUACCCGCCGGUGGUGCUGCCCGAGUCGCGCUGCGCGCCCGCGGGCGAGGGCGUGGCCAGGUGCGUCUGCGCCGCCGCCGCCGUGCCCGCGCCCGCCCUGGCCUUCGAGCUGCCCUGGCUGAACGCCAGCGUGGCCGAGGGGCACCGCGACUUCGCCCUCACCUGGAGCGCGCCCGGCGCCGCCCGCAGCCGCCCUCACCCUGCGCGGCGCCGACCUGGAGCCCCGGCUGGCCGUGCUGUGCCACGCCCGAACGCACCUGGGCACACCUGGGCACACCUGGAGCCGCGGCUGGCCGUGCUGUGCCACGCCCGCAACGGGCACGGCAGCGCCAGGGUGCAGCUCCGCUUCCACCACCCAGCAGGUCUGGUCUGGGCCAAGGUGGGUCCCGUGGGCGCCGUCGUCGCCUUCGCCGUCGUCAUCGCCCUCGUUUGUUACCUGAGCCAGAGCCGCCGCAAGAAGGCGUCGGGAAGCCCCGAGGUGACCCCGGUGACCCCGGCGGGGGGGCGGGACCCGGAGCCACGCCCACUGCAGGUGCGCUGGCUCCGGCGUUGGGCGCUGGGGGUGGGGGAGGGGCCGGCCCCCAAACCCGCGCGGGGCCCCCCCGAGGAGCCCCCGGAGUACGCGGAGAUCCGCGUCAAGUGACCACGCCCACCCCGCCGGGACACGCCCACAUGGACACGCCCACCCGGCCUGGACACUCCCACUGUAGCUGAAAACACCUGGACACGCCCACUGCGCCUGGACACGCCCGUUUAACCCGGACACGCCCACCUGGACACGCCCACAGUGCCUGGACACGCCCAUUUGGACACACCUAGACACACCCACUGCAACUAAACCACGCCCACCUCCCUUGGACACACCCACAGUGGCUGAGCCACGCCCAUCACUUGUGGGCACGCCCACUUGGACCACGCCCACCACACCUUAACACACCUGGGCCACGCCCACUGCAUCUGGACUGUGGCAAGAGCCACCCUGAGACCACGCCCACCUCACCCGGGCCACGCCCAGCUCACCUGGCCACGCCCACCUGGCCGGUCCUGGCCACGCCCAUCUCCUGGACACGCCCCACUUUUAACUUGGCCACGCCCACCUGUUUAUCUGGGCCGUGACCACGCCCAUUUCAUGGACACGCCCAUUUACCUUCCAUCACCACGCCCACCCUGAUGUGGCCACGCCCACGCCAAUAUCACCUUGACCACGCCCACUUCCCCAAUAGCCACGCCCAUCUUCACCUGGCCACGCCCAUCUCGUUAUCCUGGUUGUGACCACGCCCACCCUCACGCGGCCACGCCCUUUUCCCAGCCAAGCCAGACCCGCCCCUUUUGGCCACGCCCACCUCCCCUUUUGCUGGCCACGCCCACAUCGUGGCCACGCCCAUCUCCCUUCCGGGGCCACACCCAUUUCGCCCUGACCGCGCCCACCUCGUGGCCACGCCCAUUUCCUCCCCUGCCACGCCCUUCUCCCCUUGGCCACACCCACCCGGCCAUCCCGGACAGGCCCCGCCCCCUCAUUAAUUAUUUAUUGCCCCUCAUUAAUGAAUUCAUUAACCUGUGACCUUUGACCCCCAAUAAAACCGGAAGUGCCCGAAGGGGCUGCUGGGAACCAAAA